AUGCCGGAUUUCAAGCUCUCAGCCCAGCUAAAGGGCCACGAGGCGGAUGUCCGUGCUGUAUGCUUCCCCGCCGCGAACACGGUGCUCUCUUCGUCGCGCGACCAGACCGUACGUCUCUGGCGCAAGACCGCAGAGACACCCCCGACAUUCGAUGUUACGAUAACGAGCCAAGGCCAUGGUUAUAUCAACUCUCUCACAUAUCUCAGCGCCUCCGAAGCUUGGCCCGAAGGCCUUAUCAUCUCGGCGGGCCAGGAAGCCAUAAUCGAAGCGAAGCGGCCAAGCUUAACCACGACUGACAACGCCGACCGAUUGCUUGUCGGCCACGGCCAUAAUGUCUGCGCACUCGACGUAUCUCCUCGUGGGACCUACAUCGUGUCUGGCGGGUGGGACGGGAAGGCGCUCGUGUGGAAUACGGAAAAAUGGUCGAUCUCGGCGCAGCUCGUGCACCAGGGGGAGGUUAGGAGUGUAUGGGCAGUCCUGGCCUACGAUGAGCACACGGUAAUCACGGGCAGCGCCGACACUCACAUUCGCAUCUUUGACCUCCGGCAACCCCACCAUGACAACGAAGUUGAGCCACGGCGGACUCUCAGCACCAGCUCUGUUGUGCGCGCGCUGUGCAAGCUUCCUACGGGUCUCAAGGGCCACCCGAGUGGGGCCGAGUUCGCCAGUGCUGGCAACGACGGGAUUAUCCAGUUGUGGAAGAUGAACGGCACACAGGUUGGAGCGUUGCAAGGCCACGAUAGCUUCAUCUACUCUCUCGCCUGCCUGCCCAGUUCAGAAAUCGUCAGUGCUGGGGAGGAUCGGACAGUUCGGGUCUGGAGGGGCUCUGAGUGCGUCCAGACAAUUACGCACCCGGCCAUUUCCGUGUGGUCCGUUGCUGUGUGUCCCCAGAAUGGUGACAUUGUUUCUGGCGCCAGUGACAAUGUGGUCCGGGUGUUCACGCGCAAUGCGGACCGAAUGGCCCCUGCCGAGGUCAUGUCACAAUUUGAGGAAGCAGUUCGGGGCUCUGCAAUUCCGCAGCAGCAACUGGGCGAGUCGAUCAACAAGGAGCGGCUGAACCCCAAGUCCUGGCUUCUCAACAACGCAGGCAAGAAGGACGGUCAGAUAACCACCGUGCUGGAAGAUGAUGGCACCAUUGGGGCAUAUCAGUGGUCCUUGUCUGAGCAACGGUGGGUGCACGUCGGCACCGUGGUGGACUCUACGGGAAGCAGUGGGCGGAAGGUUCAGUACAACGGUCAGGAAUACGACUACGUCUUCGAUGUCGACAUCGAAGAGGGCAAGCCGCCCCUCAAGUUACCAUAUAACCUGUCCGAAAACCCUUAUGAGGCGGCGACUAAGUUUCUGGGAGACAAUGAGCUUCCAAUAUCGUACAUUGAUGAAGUCGCCAAGUUCAUCGUAACUAACACCAGAGGUGCAACCAUUGGCCAGACCACGGACGCCCCGUCUGCAGAUCCGUAUGGAACCGACUCACGGUAUAAGCCUGAUCAAGCAGCGUCGCCGAAGUAUCUGCCGCACACCGAGUACCUGGUUCUCACGCAGGCCAAAUGGGAACCGGCCCUCAGAAAGCUUAAGAGUCUCAACGAGAAGCAACUCUUGGCUGGCAACAAGCAUAUCGCGAUGAACCCCGACGGCCUCAGCCGACUCGAAAAGGUGCUAGAGGCAACGAUGGGCGCCGCGAACCAGAACGCAGGGUCCCCGACGGCACUCCCUGAAGCGCAACGCAGCAUAUACAUGGUCAUCACGCAGUGGCCCUACGGCGACCGGCUCGCAGCGCUCGACGUCCUCCGUUGCUUAGCACCUUGGCCCGGCUCCGCGUCGCUCACCGACAGCAAGUACGGAAGCCUAGCAGACAUCGCCCUGAAGGGUGCGCUGGACACCCAAGACCCUCUCGCUUCCAGCGGCGAACCCCUGGCCGAAACUGUCAAGAACUUUGAUGCCGCAAAGCUCAACGCAAACAUUGUCAUGAUGGCGCUGCGCGCAGCAACCAAUCUCUUUGCCACCGCUGAAGGGCGGAAGCUCGUGGUCUCGGAGGCGGCCGCCAUCAUCUCGCUCUUGGCCCGUAUCGGGGGCGUGGAAGGCGACCAAGGCGCCAUCGGGGCGGACAACAACAACCUUCAAAUAGCACUCACCUCGACAACAUUCAACUUCGCCUGCCUCGCCUUCAACCAGCGCGACUCGAUCGACCUCGAGCUGGUCAUGACCCUCUGCCAGAUCGCGGAGGCAGUCAUCCGCCGGCAGAACGAUGGAGAGGUGCUGUUUCGCGCGCUCAUGACGCUGGGCAUGAUCUUGACCAUCGGGGAUGACGCCUUGAAUCUAGCAAAGACGCUUGAGGUGGACGAGGCGAUUGGCGAGGCGAUCAAGAAAUCCAGCGAGGCAAGGACCAAGACGCUUGCGCAAGAAUGUUUUGAGUACCUGAAGCGUUGA